UUUCAGAACCGUGGACCUAAAAUUUUCAUUACACGUGACGUCUGUGCCCGAGUGUGUUCCACAGUUAUUACGCAAAAUAAUUCUAUUUAUUCAGCCUAAAUACUCCAGCAUCCAAACAGUCGUGUCCAGCUACAAAGCAUGCUUGCGAGAGUGGUGUUGCCGUGGCCCCGACGCAGUAAGGAGGCGGUCGGCGAACGUGCACACCGAAGAUAGUAACUUUCGUCGAAAAAGCGUGGGAGUAGCGACGAACUUGCUUGCCGCUGUUCGAGGCUGAUCUUAGUUGUAACUGCGCGUUGUCGGCGCGCACUCACGUAGCACGCGCCAGCCUCUUUUUCUCGUUAACAAAAUGCGUGCAAAGAACGUCGGAAGCUGCCUCCUCUGGAGCUUGUUCCUCGUGUACCACGUGGUCACCGAGACUCCGCCAUCGACGAGCAUAGACGAUGUACUUGUGUUCACUGUUGCCACUAAUGAGACUGAUGGAUAUAAGAGAUAUCUUUGGUCAGUUGAUGUAUAUGGAUUCCGCAGUAACUUGAAUGUGCUUGCACUGGGAAAGCCUUGGGAUGGUGGUAACGUAAAGACCAGUCCUGGAGGAGGAUUCAAAGUCAAUUAUUUGAAGGAAGCGCUGCAAAAGUACCAAAAUGAUAAGGAGAAGAUUGUGAUAUUUACAGACAGUUAUGAUGUGAUAUUUUUAAGUGGCUUGGAGGAAAUUGUCAGUAAAUUCAAGAGUAUGAACGCUAGAAUUUUAUUCGCCGCGGAAGGGUCAUGUUGGCCAGACAAAUCAUUAGUCACCAAAUAUCCUCCUGUUGCGCAGGGGAAACGUUUCUUAAAUUCAGGAGGUUUCAUAGGCUAUGCUUCAGAUAUUUAUGCAAUAACAACUUAUCAUCCUAUAAAGAGUAGAGACGACGACCAGCUUUUUUACACUAAAGCGUAUCUGAAUGAGAAAUUACGAGAAGAACAUGAAAUUAAGUUAGAUCAUAAGUCCGAAAUAUUUCAGAAUCUCUAUGGAGCUGUUGCUGACGUGGAAUUGAAAUUCGAAGGAGGAAAAGCUUCUCUCAUAAACACUGUUUACAAAACGAAACCAUUGGUACUCCAUGGAAAUGGUCGCAGUAAAUUAUCUUUAAAUUCGUUGGGAAAUUACUUAGCCCAGGCUUGGAAUUCCGAAGGAGGAUGUGUGAUGUGCUGGGAAGGAACAACGGAACUAGAUAAAACAUUGCCAGAAACGUAUCCAACUGUAUUAAUCGCUAUAUUCAUUGAAAAGCCUACUCCCUUCUUGGAGGAAUUCCUGAAAGCGGUGUACAAUCAAGCUUACCCAAAAUCAAAGCUUCAUCUGUUUCUUCAUAACAAUGUGGAGUAUCAUCAGCACACUGUGGACACAUUCAUGGACGAAUACGCGAAAGAAUACAAGAGCAGCAAACAAAUUCUCUUCAGUGAUGAUAUCAAUGAAGUUGAUGCAAGAAACCUGGCCAUGGACUAUUGCUUGCUAAAGGAAUGCUCUGGAUAUUUUUUCAUUGAUUCUGUUUCUCAUUUGGACAAUGAAUUCACAUUAAAGCUUUUAGUAGAGCAGCAACGAGGAAUCGUUGCGCCAUUGCUGGUCAGACCGUACAAAAUGUGGAGUAACUUCUGGGGUGCAAUUGGAGAUGAUGGAUUUUACGCCAGGAGUUUUGAUUACAUGGAAAUUGUGAAAAAUGAGAGGAGGGGACUAUGGAAUGUACCUUUUGUCAGCAGCUGUUAUUUGAUUAACGCCACGUUAAUUAGUAAAAAAGAGACUCGUCCAUCUUACUUGAUGGGAGAUUUGGAUACGGAGAUGGCUUUCGCCGAAUCCAAUAGAGACCGAUCUAUUUUCAUGUAUGUCAGUAACAGGAUUGAUUUUGGGCAUCUUGUUGAUCCUACCAAUUAUGACAUUUCUCUCACCAAUCCUGACUUGUAUCAAAUUCAAGACAACAAAGUGGACUGGGAGAAAAGAUACAUACACGAAAGUUACGCGGAGAAUUUUAACCCUGAUAAAACUCCCAUGCAGCCUUGUCCAGACGUAUACUGGUUCCCCAUAGUCAAUGAAAGAUUCACCAAGGAACUGGUGCAAGUCAUGGAAGCAUAUGGAAAGUGGUCCGAUGGAACAAAUAAUGAUCCUAGAAUAACGGGAGGUUAUGAAAACGUGCCGACUCGUGAUAUUCAUAUGAAGCAAGUAAAAUAUGAACACCAAUGGUUAUACUUCUUAAAGGAGUACGUUAGGCCCCUGCAGGAAUUCGUGUUCACCGGAUAUUAUCACGACCCACCUCGUGCACUCAUGAAUUUCGUCGUGAGAUACCGGCCAGACGAGCAACCAUCAUUGAAGCCGCACCAUGACAGUUCUACCUACACCAUAAACAUCGCCCUGAACAAGCAAGGAGUGGACUACGAGGGUGGAGGUUGCAGAUUCAUUCGGUACAACUGUUCUGUGACGGACACCAAGCCAGGCUGGAUGCUGCUGCAUCCUGGAAGAUUGACUCAUUACCACGAAGGACUCAGAGUCACUAAUGGUACCCGAUACAUCAUGAUCUCGUUCGUUGAUCCUUGAUUAACCGAAUGAACCAUAGGACAGUCUAAAUAAUGGAAACGAAAAAGAUUGUGUUUAUCGUUAGCAGACUGCGGACAUUUAUGCAAAUCCAGAAAAAGAGAAUUCCAUGAGCAUUUAUUUUAUGUAUCAGCGUUUUAACCAUAAUCAUUUUAACAUGUAUCUGUACGUAUGUACUGCUGGAUCACUUGAUGACUAGGCAGAGGACUUCAGCUGAUUAAUCGAUUCUCAUUUUUGUCAGCAAUUUUCUAUUGAUUGUAUUUCUUAAUUUUUUAUAUUUUUAAUCAUUUGCUGUUUGCUGAUAUGGUUACACGUGACCUAUAAAAAUGGGAAUAUGUAAAUUGAAGACACCUCUUGCUUCUGCUGUUCCGACAGACAUCAAAUCAUCUCCUAAUUGUAAAUACAUACUACGCUUUAUUGAUACCUUGAUUUUACUGCCAGAUCAUUAUAUUAUUGCAAAAGCUUUGUUUUACUGCAUAUCAGAGCAAAUGCAUAAACUUCCGUCGUCUGAUCGCUAGAAACGAAAGCAAAGUAUAGAUAUCGUCCGGACGUGUCUCAAACCAUUCUUGUCGUUCGACGCGUCUUGGAACAGUACGAGGCACAAGAAUCAUUCGAGCUGUGCGUACAUGUUCAUCCAUUGGACAGUAAUGUUAGUUGGAAGCAAUGUCAAAGCGGACGACAUGGCAUGAUUAAAGAAGAGGAACCUAUUUCACUUCUUGAUGUUAUUUUUUUAAUACGAGAAUAGCUGCGCAGAGGGAUUAGCGAUCAUGAACGUUUGUACGGAAAUAAAAGAACAAAACAUA